AAUUCAAGCUGGAGAAACUACAUCUUAGUGAUUGCAGUAUUACAGAGAAACAGAGUCUCAUCCUGACUUCAGCUCUGAAAUCAAACCCGUCACACCUGAGAGAGCUGGACCUGAGUGUGAAUAAACUAGAAGACACUGGAGUGAAAAACCUCAGUGAUCUACUGAUGAACCCACAAUUCAAGCUGGAGAAACUACAUCUGAGUUAUUGCAGUAUUGCAGAGAAACAGAGUCUCAUUCUGACUUCAGCUCUGAAAACAAACCCGUCACACCUGAGAGAGCUGGACCUGACCGGGAAUAAUCUAGGAAACACAGGAGUGAAGCACUUAUGUGCCGUACUGAAGGAUUCACACUGUAAACUGGAGAGAUUGAGCUCUGAAAUCAAACCCGUCACACCUGAGAGAGCUGAGCCUGAGCGGGAAUAA